AUGCAGGCAAACAAGAAAGUUAAACAUUCUCAGGAAUUUAGAGCUAGACUCUUGGUUCAAGAAGCUCGUCAGUUUGGUCGAAGGGAUAAACAGAACUACUUAGAGUGGCAAGAUGAAGUGAUACAGUUGCUCAAGAAAAUUGGAGAAGUCGAUAAUAGGAACAGCGAAGCAGUCCAGAAAGAAAAGCAAAAGACAUUAAGAAUUUUUAAACAAAGCUACCCAUCACCAGAUGUUGCAAGGGUUGAAAAAGUGAAAACCACCACUGUACAGAAUGGUUUAUCCGAGAGCAAAGUAAAUGUUUACAGCGAAGUUGAUCCCCCAAUUGUAAAAGUUUCCCAGUUGAGGAAUAUGUACGAAUCCAAGCAUUGGGACGAAGAUCCCAAACCAGUUCCAACCUACAGAGAAACGAAAUAUUAUUCUGAACUUCAUAAUUCCAGCAAGCAGUCACACGAACUAGUUAAACAACAAAAUUUUGAUGACAGUGAGUACACUUCUUCGUCAAGAUAUUCCUAUUCAUCUUCUUCCGGUUCUGAUGAAGAUAAGCAAUUAUACGAGACACACGAAGGUGAAAUUCAUGAAGUAGAACCUCCUCGAGAAAGAAACGUAGAAGAAUCCCACAUAGCUAAAGUGCGAGAUUUAAGGAGUGUUUUUGAAAGAGAUAAUUAUCAACCAGAUGAAGAACUACUCCCUACUAACACUAGCAGUAAACUGCCUGUUCAAAUCGCUAGAAUGCCUGUAGAAUCAGCUCAAAAAAUUGAAGAAAGAGAAAAACCAUCUGACGAAGAAAUACCUUCUACUAAACUGCCUACUCAUAUUGUCACAAGGCCUUCAAAAUGGUUUAAAAAAACUGAAGAAGACGAAGAAGAAGAAGUACCACAAGAAGAAUCUUCAGGAGUAUAUAGAGUAGACGAUGAUGGAUUCAUUGUAGAACCUAAUGAUGGCACACCAAGAAGAGUAAGAGACACGUUAAAGGACGAACAGAUUGUCCAUUCCGUCACAGUUAAAGAACUCAAAAAUGUUUUUGAGGGAAAUGGACCUUCUCAAAAUCCAGAAGUCCAAACCGCAACCAUGCAAAUUGCACAUGAACAAAAAUAUAUUCCUUAUGAAGAAUAUGACAAUAAUAUGCAGCAAACAGUAGUAAUCACCGAUUUAAAUAACGAAGAAAACGAUGAAGAAAAUCCUGUUGAUACAUCGCAUAUAGCUAAAGUGAAAGAACUGAAAGAUGCGAUUGAAAAGAACGAAGAUAAUUCUCAAAAUACUACUAAAGUCAAUCAGUCCCAAAGAAGACCUUACCAUUCCGGACCAAACGUGGAAUCAUUAGAACACUAUACCAACGAUGAUAUUGAAAUUUAUCACAGAGGGGCUCACGUGAACAGAAGUGAACACAAUAUACCAGACCAUCGUCGUCGUGGAAAAAAAUCCAAAUAUGCGCACCCUGAAAAGGAAACGCAGGAACCACCACGUAGAUAUCGUGAGCAUAAUAGGGCGGAAAAGAGUACCAUUACAAGAUCGAAAUCGUUAGCCGAUCUCAAAAGAAAUCGCCGUCCACAUGGGCAUGAAGAUGAAAGUUCCAGAAUGUACCAAAGAAGACACAGUAACACAGAAGCGCAUCCUAAAAUGUUUGACUUUAGGGAAACAUUUUCAAAGUUCGAAAACUUGACCACCGAAUCCCAGAAUGGUAAUAUUGAAAGGGAAUUUCAAACUGUUAGCUCUCCAAGGACCAGGGGAAGAUCAACAGUAGAUCAAGAAGCCUCUGAUUUAAGAGAAAUUGAUCAAAUAAAAUCAAGAGCUAGACUCUUGGUUCAAGAAGCUCGUCAGUUUGGUCGAAGGGAUAAACAGAACUACUUAGAGUGGCAAGAUGAAGUGAUACAGUUGCUCAAGAAAAUUGGAGAAGUCGAUAAUAGGAACAGCGAAGCAGUCCAGAAAGAAAAGCAAAAGACAUUAAGAAUUUUUAAACAAAGCUACCCAUCACCAGAUGUUGCAAGGGUUGAAAAAGUGAAAACCACCACUGUACAGAAUGGUUUAUCCGAGAGCAAAGUAAAUGUUUACAGCGAAGUUGAUCCCCCAAUUGUAAAAGUUUCCCAGUUGAGGAAUAUGUACGAAUCCAAGCAUUGGGACGAAGAUCCCAAACCAGUUCCAACCUACAGAGAAACGAAAUAUUAUUCUGAACUUCAUAAUUCCAGCAAGCAGUCACACGAACUAGUUAAACAACAAAAUUUUGAUGACAGCCUUCAAAAUGGAUUAAAAAAGCUGAAGAAGACGAAGAAGAAGUACCACAAGAAGAAUCUUCAGGAGUAUAUAGAGUAG